AUGGCUGCGGCAUUGCCAUCGCCGGCACGACUACUGUUCCCUCGUCAAACAGACAGCUCUUCGGGCAGCAGUGGCGGCACCACAGACAGCAAUGGCAAUCCCAGCACUGGCGACCAAUUCCUGGACCUGAUAUCUUCUCCUUUCGACAGCGAGUUUUAUUCAAAAUCUUUCGUCUCCGCCGUCAUCUUCUCCUUCGCUCUCGGCGCCAUCGUCCUUCUCGGCUUCUGCUUCGUCCGUCCCUAUAAUAACGUCGUCUACGCUCCACGCGCGAAACAUGCAGACAGUAAGCAUGCACCACCUCCCAUCGGCAAGGGCUUGUUUGGAUGGAUCAAGCCGCUAUACCAGGUCAAAGAGCAGGAGCUGGUGGAGAGAUGCGGGCUGGACGCGGCAGUGUUCAUGCGGUUCAGCAGGAUGAUGCGCAAUAUGUUCCUGGCAUUGGCUGUGGUGGGAUGCGGGAUAUUGAUCCCUACAACCCUUGUCUCAUCCGACGGCGACUUGUCAACCGGGGCUGGGUUCUUGCAGCGCUUGACGCCCACCUACGGCACAUCGUACUGGGCUUAUGUGGUGGUGGCGUACAUUUUCGAUGCCAUUAUUUUCUUCUUCCUGUGGAGAAAUUACGGCGCGAUCCUGAGGCUUAGGAGGCAAUACUUUGAAAGCAAGGAUUAUCAGCGCAGUCUCCACUCUCGGACACUGCUGCUCACGGACAUUCCUAGCGAGCUGCGGUCUGAUGACGGGAUUGUGAAGAUCACGGAACAAGCGAAAGCAACGGGCGAUACGCCUCGCGCUGCUAUCGCAAGGAACGUGAAAGAGCUGCCGGACAUGAUUGAAGACCACGAAGAGGCUGUGAAGGAUCUUGAAAAGGUGCUUGCCAAGUACUUGAGCAACCCGGACAAACUCCCAGCAACUCGGCCUACGUGCAAGGCGAAGAAGAACGAUAUGGGCUUCACGAAGGGUCAGCAGGUGGAUGCGAUCGAGUACCUCUCGGCGCGCAUCAAGACCCUCGAAACACAGAUCAAGGAAGUGCGAUUGACUAUCGACAAGCGCAAUGCAUUGUCUUACGGCUUCGCCACCUAUGAGAACAUCCCGGCAGCACACGAUGUAGCAUAUGUGACGCGCAAGAAGAGCCCGCAAGGCACGAGCAUCAUCCUGGCACCAAAGCCGAACGAUCUGAUCUGGAAGAACCUGCCGAUGCUGAAGAAGGAACGCAACUGGCAGAACUUCAUCAACAACCUCUGGGUUGCUCUACUCACAGUAGCCUGGAUCGUGCCCAACGUCCUUAUUUCCGUGUUCUUAUCGAACCUUUCGCAUUUGGGAACGGUCUGGCCUGCGUUCCAACGAUCGCUAUACGCUCACCAGACGGCGUGGUCAAUUGCACAGGGUAUCAUUGCCCCGGCGAUCACGACUCUGUUUUACUACUUUCUGCCGGCCAUCUUCCGGCGACUUGUUACCAAUGCUGGCGAUAAGACGAAGACGGGCAGAGAGCGACAUGUAAUGCACAAGCUUUUCUCAUUCUUCUUGAUCAACAAUUUGAUUGUCUUCUCGCUUUUCUCUGCUGCGUGGGGCUUCGCAACCGCAGCCAUUUGGAAUAGUGACAAUGGCGAGGGCGGAUGGGAUGCGAUCGUGCAGGGCAACUUAGUUGGGCAGAUUGUGACGACUAUGAUCACGGUCACGCCCUACUGGUGCAGUUGGCUGCUUCAGAGGAAUUUGGGAGCCGCCCUCGACUUGAGCCAGCUUGCUCGGCUGACAUGGGGCUCGUUUUCACGCCGCUUCAGGAACCCAACGCCUCGGGAGCUGAUCGAACUCACGGCUCCUCAGCCCUUCGACUAUGCUGGGUACUACAACUACUUCUGUUUCUACGCCGCCGUGGCUCUUGCCUUCGGCGCACUGCAACCGCUUGCUCUCGCGAUUACGGCGCUGUACUUCUGGAUGGACUCUUUCAGCAAGAAGUACAUGAUUCUCUACAUCUUUAUCACAAAGUACGAGUCUGGUGGUAUGUUCUGGCGGACUUUGUACAACCGGAUACUGGUCUGUGCUGUCCUCGGGAACAUCGUCAUCGGAUUUCUGGUUGGCGCGCAAGGCACGAGUUGGUACCUGCUCGCCGCCAUGGCGCCUCUCAUCUUCUUAUUCCUUGGCUUCAAGUGGUACUGCCUGAGAACCUUCGACGACCCGAUCCAUUUCUACAGCCAAGGGAAGCAGAUUAGCGAAGAGGCACAUGUGGAGGGCAAGCGUCGCAAGGGUGACCGCAUUGGCACCCGCUUUGGACACCCCGCAUUGUUCAAGCCGCUCAUUACUCCCAUGGUGUCGGCCAAGUCUCAGCACUUGCUCAAGCAGGUGUACAGCGGGCGUACGUCGAUGGACAACACCGGCCAAGAAGCGGGCUACAGCGACGUCUACCUGGACGCCAUGGACGCCAGCAACCCCGGCAAGAGCUCAGGCGCCAACGCACCGUUCGAGAUCGUCGGCGAGCACGAAAUGGAUUAUGAGCACUGGAAGAACAACCCUGAGUUCCGCGAGGAGCACGGCGGAGAGGGCGAGCUCUUCGGUCGGCCUGGCGACAUGACUCGCUCGAGCACGCCGAACAGCAUGAUGACUGGCUUCACGCGCACUGGCACUUUCGACUCUACAUACAGCCAGGAUCGCAGCCGCAGCCAGUCUGCCGACCCUCACGCGCACACUCGCGCCAGCUCUAGGGAUUCGGACAGGACCAAGGUAGCAGGAGACGUCGGCGUCGACUACCCCCGCGGCUACCACCGCACGCCCACCACCGACACUUUCUCCCGCCCAACCACGCGACACCAAGAGAGCAGGGAAGGGCUCGUGACGCACGCGGCGCGCAUGGCGCAGUCUCCGCCGCCUCAGCUUCCUACGCCUGCUGCGCCUACGCCUGGUGGGUAUGGCGAUAUCAGGUUGGGAUCGAACAGCGGGACGCCGUAUGAGGAUGAUACUAGCUAUGAUUACUUCCGGAGAGGGAGGAUGUAG